AGACUGGAGUAAACGAUUGCCGGGCCCCUGUGGCCGUUGUUGUGGCCGUAGCAGGCGUGUGGUGGAAUUUGCUGUUAUUUUCUCACCUGUUUUGCAACAAGUAAUCGCGUUUCGUAUGUUGUGCACUGGCCGAAGGCUCUGUGCGUUUUAUCCGUUCCGAAUGUGCGAACAGCGGACCGCUCCUUUGUUGCAGUUACCUCAACGGAGAACUAAUCUCGUAUGAAUCGCCGACUGUUGAGCUUCGAGUGCUCCGGUUACCGUGACUACCUCAUCUCAGGCGUGGUUUUAGUUUCGCUUACGGACCCGAACUGUACUCGUCGGUAGAACCAGUGUGGGUGGUUGCUUGAUUUAGGCGCGACUUCGCGACUGCACCAAAUCGCAGUCAUGGGCACAUCGUCGGAAGACGUCCUCCUGAUGGUGAGCAACGUGCGCUACAAGAAGAAUAACGGCACCCUCUAUUUGAUGGCAGAGCGCAUUGCGUGGAUGUUGGAAGGCAAGGACUCGUUUUCCGUGAGCCACAAGUAUGCGGACAUCAAAAUGCAAAAGAUAUCCCCCGACGGCAAGGCCAAAGUGCAGCUCCAAGUUGUUCUGCAUGGUGCCGAGGGCUCCGCAACCACUUUCCAUUUUGUCAAUCCUCUGGGCACCCAGGCUCAACUGGAAGACAGGAACAGUGUCAAGGAGCUGCUACAGCAGCUGCUGCCUAAGUUCAAAAGGACCCUGAAUUCUGACCUUGAAGAAAAAAACAGGAUUCUUCAGGAAGACCCACGCCUGUUCGAGCUGUACAGGAACUUGGUUGUCAGUCGUGUUAUCACCCCGGAAGAGUUUUGGGCCAACCAUGCUCCAAAGAAGGCCGGGAGCACUCAGGUGUCCCCUGCAUCACAGCCUGUUGGAGUCUCGGCAGCAUUUCUCGUUGACGUCCAGCCGCAGACAGACGGCACAGAGGGCCUCAAGUACAAUCUCACAGCUGACAUCAUCGACUCCAUAUUUAGGACGUAUCCCGCUGUGAAGCGGAAACAUCUGGAAAAUGUUCCCGAGCGCAUGACCGAAUCGGAAUUUUGGACGCGGUUCUUCCAGUCCCAUUACUUUCACCGAGACCGGCUACACACGAGCACACGGGACCUGUUUUCUGACUGUGCUCGCAGUGACGAUAAAGAUAUACAGGAGGCUAUUGCAAAAGGAUUCCGUGAUCCCUUUGUUGACAUCUCAUCUUUCCAAGACAUAGAAUCAUUUAAUGAACGGGACCUGCCAGGUUCAGUGGCAUCUGCGGGGAGUGUCGCGAAUCACUCUAUGAUUCGUAGAUUCAACCAUCAUUCAAUGAUGGUCCUACGAGCCUGCGGUAAUGACAAGGACGCCCCUAUGGAGCCUUCUUCCCAAGAAGAAAAUCCUCUUGCUAUAAAGCAUGCCAAAGUGUGGGAGAAGACACAGCUGGAGGACCUAGUGGGUAACAACGGGAGUGGCAGUGGAUUCCCGGUGCGACUGGGCCAGGGUGAGCGGCACCAGCGGGGACCCACGGCUGGCGACAGUUCGGCAACGCCCGAGGCUCACGUGGCACCCAGCAUCCUGCAACGAGAGCUCUCGAAUUGGACGCCCUCGGGGCAAGGAAUAUUGCCUGCCUCAGCCGCCCUGUCGGUCUUGGGUGAAUUAUCUCCCGGUGGCGCUCUCAUGAAGAAUGCACAGCAGGUGCCCCUCAAAGACACAGUGAGCUUGGACGUGCAGCGAGAUCUUCGCAGCAUCUACACAGCCCAGUUCGAGCUUCUGCGGCACUUUUGGACAUGCUUCCCCAGCACCAGUGCGCAGCUCGAAGAAAAGGCAAUUAAUAUGAGGUCUACCCUGGAACGCUUCCAGUAUGCUCAACUUCAGCCCUUCCGAGACAAGCUGCUUCGCGAGCAUCAUGCUCCUGAUUUGGCGGGCCAUCUGGAUGACCUUCUGCAGGCUGCCUACACGAAAUUUAGCAGCUGGCAGUCUCGGCGUUUAUCGCUCGGGCGAAGGUGACCGACAGCACAGCUAUGGGACGUCGUAUAAAAAAAAAACACAAAGAAAAUAAAAACAAGUCGGGAAC